AUGCUGCGCCGGGCGCGACGCGCGACGACGCGCGCGCGCGCGCUCUCGCUCGCGGGCGCGCGCAGGCAUCUGAACGUGCACGAGUACCAAGGGGCGGAGAUCAUGAUGAAGAAUGGCGUGCGCGUCCCGAUCGGCGUCGCGUGCGCGACGUUGGACGACGUCGACGCGGCGUGCGACGCGCUGCGAGGACGGGAGGUGGUGGUGAAAUCGCAGAUAUUGGCGGGCGGACGCGGACUCGGCACGUUCGCGAGUGGGUUCGCGGGAGGGGUGCACGUCGUGGCGAAGACCGAGGCGAGAGCGACGGCGGAGAAGAUGUUGGGAGGAACGCUCGUGACGAAACAGAGCGGACCGGCGGGGAAACCGGUGAACGUGUUGUACGUCGCGGAGAAGUUGAAGCUGACGCGAGAGAUGUACUUCGCGCUGAUGCUCGAUCGGGCGAGCGCGGGACCGUUGGUGAUCGCGAGCGCGGAGGGCGGGACGUCCAUCGAGGACUUGGCGGCGACGCAGCCGGAGAAGAUCAUCAAGAUGCGUCUGGACAUCGUGAAGGGGAUGACGCGACCGCAGGCGGAUGAGUUGGUGGAAAAGCUGGGAGUGAAGAAGCACAAGGAUGACGCGGCGAAGCAGCUGUUGGCGCUCUACGACACGUUCGCGAAAGGCGACUGUACCAUGGUCGAGGUGAACCCGCUCGCGGAGGACGAGGAGGGCUUGCUCGUCGCCGCGGACGCCAAGUUGAACUUUGACGAUAACGCGGAGUACCGCCAGCGUGAAACGUUCGCCCUUCGCGAUCACUCUCAAGAAGAUGCCCGGGAGGUUCAGGCGGGUAAGUUUGACUUGAACUACAUCGGUCUCGACGGCAACAUCGGGUGCAUGGUGAAUGGCGCGGGCUUGGCUAUGGCGACCAUGGACAUCAUUCAGCUCUACGGCGGCUCGCCGGCAAACUUCUUGGACGUCGGCGGGAACGCGAGCGAGGAGCAAGUCGUCGAGGCGUUCAAAAUCUUAACCGCCGAUCCCAAGGUGAAGGCCAUUUUGGUGAACAUUUUCGGCGGCAUCAUGAAAUGCGACGUCAUCGCAGCCGGCAUCGUCGCCGCAGCGAAGCAAGUCGACCUCAGAGUUCCGCUCAUCGUUCGUUUAGAGGGCACGAAUGUCGAGGCUGGCAACGCGAUAUUGUCUUCCUCGGAUCUUACCAUCAUCACCGCGAGCGACCUCGACGACGCGGCGCAAAAGGCGUGCGCGAGUCUGAAGUGA